AUGACGCGCGCGACGGACCCGCCCGCCACCGUCGCCGAGGCGUUCGCGCGUCUGUGGACGUGUUACGACCCGACGUUUCAACUCACGCGAUGGUACCGCGUGGGCGAGCUCGACGCGUGCGAACGGGCGCGAAGCGAUCUCUGGGCGUGCGUCGCGGCGAAGCGGGCGGCGCGAGAGGGCCGAGCGGUCGCGCGCGAUCGCUCGGAUCGCGAGCGGGACGCGAAGACGGGGUAUUGGCGCGCGCUCGCGCCGGCGCGCGCGGGGACGGAGUGGCGGGCGCUCUUCGGGGGAAACGUCCCGAGCGAAAAGGAAACGUCGGACGCCAUCGAGGCGUGGACGCGGGCGAGGGCAUCGUCCACGGGUGACGGCGCGACGGGAUGA